AUGAAAAUCCUUUGCCUACAUGGCUACGGCACGGGGCCUAAUAUUCUGCGAUAUCAACUUUCGGGGUUGAUGCGAGAUGCUGACCCAAGCUGGGAGUUUCAUUUUCUCUCAGCUGAAGUUGAAUGUCCGCCUGCUCCAGAUAUUGGGAGCACUUUUCCACCUCCAUACUACUGCUGGACGCGGUCGUUUGACGCAGGGUCAAUCGAUGCUGCCCAUGCCUUGAUCGAAGAGGCUAUUGAUGAGCAUGGCCCUUUUGACGGAGUUUUGGGGUUCAGUCAAGGAGCUGCAAUCUCGGUUUCGUUCCUGCUCGAGCACAAAACGGCAUACCCAGAUGAGCCCCCACCAUUUCGUUUCGCAAUCUUCUAUUCGCCCACGAUUCCGUGCGCCGCGGAUGAAGCUUAUUGUCGGUCUGUACUCGGAACUCUCUCGUCAGCGGACCAGCAACGCCUCCGCUCCGGAAAGGAUAAAGAGAUUGCACAGCUUCCGGAGCCGGUUCGCUCUGUGACCGAGAGUUUGGUUAAAGUCAUCAAGGGAGCCCACUCUAUAACACGCGAAUCGGUGCCUUUCUUCCUCGACCGCCCGCUUGAGCUUAUCCCAUGUGCCCUGCACCCAGAUGUAGUACCGACACGUAUAUCAAUUCCUUCUCUCCACCUGCGUGGAAAGAACGAUGUGCCAGGUCUGGACGAUUGUGGCCUCCUCGUCGAGUGUCUUUGUGACUCGAAUACUCGGAGGCCAAUCAUACAUUCGGCUGGUCAUGACAUCCCACGAUCAGGGCCAGAGUUAAAGCAAAUGCUUUCUGCCGUGGAAUGGGUUGUGGCGAAGAGCCAAUUACCAUUACUCUAA